AUGCACAAUUCUUACAGUUCUUCCUUUGAUAAUGAGUCCCAUAAUUUAGAAUUAGUCAAACGGCAAUACAUUUCAUAAUCAUAAUUACCUAAACUAAUGCAAACACCAUCAGAUUUAAAACCUCCAACAAUAAACUCAUCAUUUAUCAACUGCCCAUCUCCAAUAACAGAACCAUUAAGAUCUUUCAUUUCUUAUAGAGAAAAUGGAUUAAAUCAUUUUGAUUAGGGUAGAAAAGCUAAGACAUUGAAUGUGAAUUCUGAAGGAGCUGACAGUAAAAACGUUGAUGAGUCAGGAACAAAGAGAUUAAAGAAAAGUUAAUUUAAUUCAGGAAUGCGAUCCUCACGCAAGUAACAGCUUUAUUCUGAACUUAAUUUGACUGAAUCUGUAAGUAGAAACUUAUUUGACAAAAAGUUUGUUAGAAAAUUCGCUUAAACUCUUCUUUAAAAAGCAUACAUAUAUCGAGAUAAUUAUUUUAAUGGAUAUUAAAAAUAAUUAUUAAUUGAAAACUAUUUAGAAGAUAGUAUUCAUUAUACUAUUUAAGAUAGUAAGAAUAAAUAAUAUAUUGAUCCUUUAUGUUUUGUUUUUUGGGAUGUAAUCGUCAUAGUUUUUAUUAUAAUGUUGUGUAUUUGGUUGCCAUUCAAAGUAAGUUUUAAACAAGAAACAAACCUUGUUUUUGAAAUAUUAGCUAUCUUAAUAAUUGGUUCAGAUUUGGCAUUAAAUUAUAUAAAGCCUUAAAUUAAAGAGGGUAAUUUUGUAAAUUUCGAUAUAAAGUACCAAUUAUAAUGUGUUAAAAGUCAAACUUUAAUUGAUAUUCUUUAUUUAGUGAGUACAAUUUUAUUAUUAUUUUUAUUUACAAAUUAGGUAUUGAUUUGGUGUAUUUUAUUAUUUGAAAUUGGUUUAGGAGUUUAGAAAUUGAACUUCUUAAUGUUUCGAAUAAAUGAUUUUCUACCAUUUGAUAUUGGUUGCUAUAAGAUAUUUGUGAUAGUAGUAUAUGCAAUUCAUUCAUGUUCUUGUUUCUGGCAUUUUAUAGGAAUAGAAGAAUAAAAUUCUUGGAUAAUGACAUUAAAUAUUUAGGAUGAGGAUGAAUGGACAAGAUAUUGUUAUGCUAUUUAUAUAAAUACAAGUUUGUUAUUAAAUAUUGGAUUAGGAUUGAUCCAUAUUAAAACAAAUGUAGAACUAAUAUAUUCAACUAUAAUAAUGUUUAUAUCCUGUUGGUUAAUAGCAUUUAUUAUCAAACAUACAGGUUUUAUGAUGAAAUAGCAAUACUAGAAUUAUAACAAUAGUUUAAGAUAGAUGGAAUUAAUGAAUAAUUUUUUAUCUAAAAGAGGGAUUACAUAAUAGAUGUCAGCCAGAAUAAGGAAUUAUAUUAGAUUUAUUUAAUAAUAGGAUAAUAAAGAUGAUUAGGUAAUAUUGUUAUAUACAUUUAGAAAAUUAGAUGUAAAUAUUAAUUUAAUAACUUUCACCUGCACUUAAAGAAGAAUUGUUUCUAUAAAUGAGAAUCAAGGCUUUGUUUAAUUGUAAAUCUCUGUUCAAAUUUUCGAAAGAUACACUUAAAAAUUUGACCUAAAUUAUGGAAUAUGUUAAAUUUAAUCCAAAUGAAUUUGUUAUUUAAAAGAAUAAACAAGAUGAUAACUCAUUGUAUAUUAUUGAUUCUGGUGAAAUCUCAAUACUUGACUAAAAUACUCAGUUUGCUAAUUUGAUUUCUGGAGACUCUUUUGGUGAAUAUUCAUUUUUUUCAGGAUAAUUAAGAUAAGCUUCUGCUAAAGCAAAAGGUUUUGUUUCAUUAUAUAAGAUCUAAUAAUCAAAAUUUAUCUAAUUAAUUUAAUAAAAUAAGAUUGAUCAUGAAAGAUAUUACUUUAUUAGACAUUCUUUUUUGAAUCAAUAAUUUAAUAUUAUAAAUAUGGGUUGUUACUCUUGUCAAUCUUCAGAUCAUUUGAUAUCUAAGUGUCCUAUUUGGAGAUAUACUCCAGAUCUUGAAAAAGUAUACAAAUAAGAAAACUAUAAUUAAUAAUGCAGGUCUAGCUUUUCUAGAACACCUAGAGAUGGAAGAAAAGAUUUUAAUAGAAUAUUUUCAAGAUUGAUUGUAAAAUUAAUAAAUUUAAUCAUAGUAAAAUUAUGAUGCACUAAAAAUAUUUAGAUUAAAAUAUGAUAUCAUAUAUGAUGAUGAUGAAGAUGAAGAUGAUGAGGAUUUUUAAGAUGAUGAAUUAGAAUCAUGUUCUGAAUUAAGUGAUGAUUACUAAAGUGAUGAAGUUUAUUCUGAUAAUAGGCUUGUAGAUAAAUAGGAUGGGUAAUAUUGAUAUUCUAUUGUAGAACUAUUGUUAGCAUAUUAAAAUAAUAAGAUUAAGUUAAAGAGAAUUCUAAAGUUCUACAAGAAAUAUGUGAUGAAAAUGAUUAAAUGUUUAUCAUAAGACCGAACAACUAAAAAGGAACUCUAAGCACAGCUCAAUUCUAAUAUUAAGCAGAUUUCUAAUAGCAGCAAUAAUAACUAUAUAAGUUUUCAUUGGUACCAUAAGAACCAUAAAAAAUUAAAAGAACAUCAACACCAUAAGAUCCAUUGUAAGCUUAAUAAUUGAUACAAACAGCUACUUCUUCAUAAUUAAUUGCUAAUGAAGUCCCUAUUCCAUCUGUCAAAAGAAUCAAAAAUACUCCACAUCUUACAUUCAAAGGAGACACUGAUAGUUAACAAAGUUAAAAAAAAUCAUAAAGAUUAAGAAAUAACACUAAAUCAAGGCCACCAAGUAAUAUUGUAGAUAAAAUGAAAAAGAAUUUAUCAAGAAUAAGGGAAGAAGACUCUGAUACUUUAAAUUUAUCAAAUAGACAACAUUCAGAUGAACAAACCAGUUCUCCAUAUGGAAGAUAAUUAGGAAGACAAAGUUAAAGUUCUUCAUAAGUUAGAUAAUCAAUGAAAAGAUUUUCAUCUAAAUUAUCAACUAUUCCUAUAAGAUAAGGGACUAUUACUUAAUUUAGAUCAACUGUUAGCCCAAUUAUUAGAUCUAAUAUUCGCAUACCAACUGGAAUAGGUAUGGUUGAUUUAAGUAUGUAUAAAAGAGCGGAUUAGCAAUCUGAAGAAUUUGAGAGAAUGUACUCUUAUAAUCUAUAUUAUCCUAUUGAUAACUACUAAAAUGUAAUCAAUAGAAUAAACUUAUUUUUGAAGUGGAAAUUAUCUAGAUUUAUUCCAUCAAAAUAUACAUUUAUUUUCAGUGUAAAGCGAAUAAUAAAUAAAUUCAAAAAACCUACUAAGGUGGAAAUAAAAUCAUAUUGA